CAAAGCGGUUGCCCUGGGCGACGGGAGUCCCCAGGAAUUUUGCGGCAGGUGCAGCCCUCGCCUGUCAAUCAUCGGAGGGGCUCCGGGAGGCGGCGGGCAGCGGGCGGAUUGCGGUGCGGAAAUGGCCGAGGUUCACAACCUACAGGAGCUGCGUCCAAGUGCUUCACUGGCCACCAAGGUCUUCAUCCAGCGAGACUAUACUGACGGGAUUCUCUGCCAGUUCCAGUCCAAGUUCCCCCCGGAGCUGGAGAGCCGGGUGGAAAGGCAUUAUUUUGAGGAAACAGUGAAGACCUUGAACAGUUACUACGCUGAAGCGGAGAAAAUUGGAGGGACAUCCUACUUUGAAGGGUGCCUGGCCUGUGUCACUGCCUACGUCAUCUUUAUAUGUAUGGAGACGCGUUAUGAGAAGGUUCUGAAGAAGAUCUCUAAAUACAUUCAGGAACAAAACGAGAAGAUCUACGCGCCCCGAGGGCUGUUGAUCACGGACCCCAUCGAGCGAGGACUACGGGUUAUCGAGAUCGCGAUCUACGAGGACCGGUGCAGCAGCGGGAGCAGCACCGGCAGCAGUAGCAGCAGCAGCUGCAGUGGGCAGUGAAGCCGGGGGGUGCCCACGCACCAGCGGGAGCCCAGUCCUGCCAUGCUCCUGAGGAAACGAACCGUCCCUUUUCGCCAAGUAUUCCGGACCAUUCCUGCGGGGCGAGGGUUUGACAGGGAACGGGAGGGGUGGGGGGAAUGAGGGGAAGGUAUUGCUAUACCCCUAUGCCGUUGCACUUCGCCGAAGCCCAGGAAGAGAUGUUCAUCUCCGACGGUAAUUCAUGGCGGGGACUGCGGGCAGGACACGCCUUUCACCAGGUGGAACAUUGCACAGAGUCUCGUGAGAGCCUGGCUGAACUAGGAGCAAUUUUGAGGUGAUCAGAGUACUGGGACCGGCGAGGGAGGGGUUA